UCAUCACACUCACACUUGUAUUCUGUGUUUACAUAUUCAUCUAUGUUAUACACUUGCUACUCGAAUCUUCGAACCCGUUGUCGUUGUAGUUGUUGUUGUUGUUGUAUAAUAAUUUGACGCGUCAAUUCCUUCACAUAUAUACAACAACAACAACUUUUAACAUUUAAUAUACACAUCCAAUAGAUAUAUAUUUCUAUCCACUGUGAACAAGAAUCGUUAAAGAGAUGUGAACCAGAACAAGGCAACAACAACAACAAAAAAAAUAAUUCCCGAAUUUAAAUCCCAAAAUUCUGCUACUACUACUUCCACAAUAACAACAACAACAAAAAAACCACGACGAAUUCUUUUCCAAAUGAUAAUCAUCAUCAUCAUCUAGUCUAUGUGAUAUUGUUGUUGUGUUCCAACUAUGUAACGCGAAUUCUUGAUUCUAUCUAGGGUUCAUUCAAUUUCUUCGAUAUGAUAUAGUCUAACAUAUCGUUAUAUUGGUAAUAAUAACAAAGAUGAUGUGGUUGAUAUUCAAAAUAUUGAUGUAAAACAUCAUUUGAUACAUGAAGAUGAUCAACCACGUUUAAUAUGUUCAACAUCACAACAAGAAUUUCAAACAAUUUUGUCAACAUCUAAAAUGAUGGCUACAGAUAAUAAUAAUAGUAAUAAUAUGGAUGGACAACAAAAAUCAUCAUCAACAUCAAUGAAUGAUCAUCAACAGGAUCAGAAUUUGUCAACAUCUAAUAAUCAUAAUAGUAAUGAAGAUGGUAAUAAUGAACAACAACAACAACAACAACAAAAUCCAUCAACAUUAUCUGCAACGAAUACAUCAGCAACAAAAACAACAACAACAACGUCAAAUAAUGGCAUAUUAAAUGAUGUGCCAGAAAAUGCUCAACUAAUAUCACGACAAACACAACAAGUAAAAACACAGCAAGUAAAAACGAUAACAAAAGUUUAUACAACACGUGAAAUACGUCAUAUUGGUGGACCAUCAACAACGGAUGGUCAACCAAUCGAACCUAGUAGUAGUAAUAGUAGUCAGGUUAUAGCAGCUACAGUAUCUGUUUCAGCCGCUGAUAAUAAUAAUAAUAAUAAUGGUGCCAAUCUUAAUAAUAAUAAUAAUAAUCAUAUGAAUAAUAAUGAUUCAUCAUCAACAAAUGAAUAUAGUAAUUUUCCUGGACCAAAAAUAAUGAAUAAUAAUGGUCCAUCAGAUCAUCAUCAUAUUGUAAAUAAUCACCAACAACAACGGCAACAACAAUCGAAUAAUAAUUUUGAUUAUGAUAAUCAUCAAUAUGAUCCUCAUUAUAGCAAUACAAAUUUUCAGAAAUUACUUCAACAACAACAACAACAACAACAACAGCAGCAGCAACAACAACAACAACAUCAUCAUCAUCAAAUGGCACCAAGUCCUAGUCCAGGUUCUGGUUCAACUGGAACAACUGGUUCUACAGCAGCCGCUCCAUUUGUUGUUAAUGCAAGAGCAAUAUAUGAUCCAUAUGCACGCAAUAAUCAGAUCGGAUAUCAAGAUUAUUCAAAUUUUAAUAAUUAUCAAGAUUUAGCCGUACAUCAUGAAAAUCAAAACGGUCCAACGAAUGUUGUUGGUGGUGGUAGUGAUCAUACAUCUGCAUCUCCUCAACCACCAAUACGAAGACAUAUAGCUGAAUUGUCGGCUGGUCCACCACCGGGCACAGUUUAUGGUUAUGUUCCAGCGGCGGCUAAUCACAAUUCGACUAUACAAAUACCGAUUAAUGCUAGUGCUGGUGGACCACCACCACCAGGUGUAAUGCAUUCACCAUCGGCAGCUAUCUAUGGAAAUUUUGGUACCGAUGAUGCACCUCAAGGUUAUCUAGAUCGAAGACAAACUUAUGAUGAUACUAGUGGUCCGCCACCAGGUACUGUUACAUAUGGUCAAAUGCCACAGAUGACAGCAGCCAUGUAUGAAGAUGCUGAAUCAGCAUAUCAACAUCUUCAUGCAUUACAACAAGCUGGUAUUGCUAUGGAUCCACAACAAGCAGCUGUAUUUUUUCAAAAUGGUGCCGCCGUUUUAUCUGCUGGUGCUCCAGGUGGACCUGCAGCUAGAAUUGGUCCGAUUCCGGGUGGUGGUGGUGGUGUUGCUCCCGGUUCAUCUGCCGUUACAGCUAUCGGACCUGAUGGUGUACGAUGGCGUGAUCCAGAUUUACAUGAAGUGAUUGAAUUUCUAACUCAUCCAAACAGUAUCGUUCGAGCCAAUGCUGCCGCCUAUCUACAACAUCUUUGUUUUAUGGAUGAUAGUAUGAAAGCAAAAACAAGAUCGUUAGGUGGUAUACCGGCUUUGAUAAAUUUACUUGCUCAAGAUGUAGCCGAAAUUCAACGAAAUGCAUGUGGAGCACUGCGGAAUCUCAGCUAUGGUCGCCAAAAUGAUGAAAACAAAAGGGCGAUACGUGCAGCUGGUGGCAUUCCAAAUCUAGUAAGAUUGCUUAGGAAAACACCCGAUAAUGAGAUUCGUGAAUUGGUGACUAGUGUCCUAUGGAAUCUAAGUUCAUGUGAAGAUUUGAAAAGACAAAUUAUCGAUGAUGCAUUACAAGUAUUGGUGUCGACCGUGAUUAUACCACAUUCAGGUUGGGAUCGUAAUAAUCCACAACAACAACCAUCACAGAUUCAACAACAUCAACAACCAAUCUAUUGGUCAACAGUGUUUCGAAAUGCUUCUGGUGUUGUACGGAACAUUUCUUCGGCUGGUGAAUAUGCUCGCCGUCGUCUUCGUGAAUGUGAAGGUCUUGUCGAUUCAUUAUUGUUUCUAGUUCGUGCAGCUAUCGGUAAAAAUGAUAUGGAUAAUAAAUCGGUUGAAAAUUGUGUUUGUAUAUUACGAAAUUUAAGCUACCGUUGUCAAGAGGUGGUCGAUCCUGAUUAUGAUAAACAUCCACCAGGUGUUCAAUCACCAAAUUCUAAUAAUAAUAUUUCAAAUACAUCAUCAUCAUCAUAUUCAUCAUCACCAUCAACACAACAACAAACAUCUGGAGCAUCACCAUCAUCAUCAACUUUAUCACCAUCCUCAUCAUCAUCAUCAAAAAAUUCCAGUUCAUCAUUAAUGGGUGGAAUCAGUUCGAAAGUUGGUGAAAAUAUUAGCUGUUUUGGUGGAUCAAAAAAGAAUAAAUCAAAAAGUGGUGGUGGUCAUCAUACUAUGUCACCAUCAGUUUCAGCAUCAGGUCUAGAAUCAAAAACAGCUAAUCUUUCAUUGAAUUCAAAUGGUCCAAGAAGUGGAAUUGAAUUAUUAUGGCAAACCGAUGUUGUUCAACCAUAUUUGGCAUUAUUAUCCGAAUGUUCCAAUCCAGAAACAUUAGAAGCAGCUGCAGGAGCUAUACAAAAUUUAGCUGCCUGUUAUUGGCAGCCAUCAAUCGAUAUUCGUGGUGCUGUACGUAAAGAGAAAGGUCUUCCUAUUCUAGUUGAAUUGCUUCGAAUGGAAGUUGAUCGUGUUGUUUGUGCUGUUGCCACUGCACUUCGGAAUCUAGCCAUGGAUACUCGAAACAAAGAAUUGAUUGGCAAAUAUGCACUCAAAGAUUUAGUUUCAAAAUUACCUGCUCCAUCAGCUACAGGUAUUCCACUUGAAACUGGAACCAGUGAUGAUACUGUCGCUGCUGUAUUGGCCACACUAAACGAAGUGAUUGCUCGUAAUCCAGAUUUUGCCAAAUCAAUGCUUGAAGCUGGUGGUAUGCAACGAUUAACGUUGAUCACUAAACAUCGUAAUCGUUUUUCCAGUCGUGUUGUUAAAUUCACAUGUCAGCUAUUGUACAAUAUGUGGCAACAUACCGAAUUGAGAGAUGUUUAUCGAAAAGCUGGAUGGAAAGAAUCUCAUUUUAUUAUAUCACAACAUUCAACAGCCACUAAUCAAUCACGUACAUCGACAAGAUCUGUGAAUGGACCAAGCGCAGGUAAUCAACAACAACAAAUGAUGAUGACACCAUCACAAUCAGCUAUGAUGAUACCACCAUCGACACCUACAUCGAAUGGAGCUUUACCUGGUUCAGGAUUCUAUCAUUCAAUCAGUGCCAACAAUACAUUGAGUCGUCCAAUGUCAACUGUUGGUGGUACGAAAUAUGAAGAUCAUGGCCAUUAUCGUGGUGUUGAUGGUAGUGGUGGUGGUGGUGGUACAUUAUCACGAUCUGGACAACAUCAUCAACAACAACAACAACAACAAUUGAUGGCACAAAGGAUGCAUGAAGAAAUGCUCAUGUCCGAUAUGAUUGAUGGUCGUAAUGUACAAAACGGAACUCAGACAUUAGUUCGUGCACCAAUUGGUGGUGUUCCAAUAUUUCCACCUGGAACGUUACCCGGCGAACCUGUAUACGCUCAAGUGAAUCGUGAACGUAAACGUCAACAACAGCAACAACAAUUAAAUCAAUUACAUCGAAAUUCACCAACACAAUCGUUACCACCUUCACAGCCACCACCACCACCUCCUAAUCAUCCAACAAAUGGUGAUCCAAAUAUGAAUCAUUCACCAAACAGUAAUGGUGGCCAAUAUCAUAAUGUUAAUAAUGUAUUAUUAGAUCCAACCACUAAUGAACCAAUUUAUCCUCCUUCAAUGCCUGCUGGUGAUUCAUGGGUCUAAUAUAAUGUUUAUGAUUCAGAAAAAAAUGGGUCCACACACACACACACACACAUGUACAUACAUACACACAUACACACCAAAGAAAUGGAAUAAUGACGAAAAAAAAAUUGUUAGUGAUAAAAAGAAAAAAAAACAUUUGAAUUAUUAUUACAAUGACCACAUUUUCUCCACUACAUAUUAUUUUACACAAUCACCAUCAAUGGUCAUAUACUCGAUAUAUAUAUUUUUUUUUUAUUUAGUGCCAAUGAAUUGAUGUGUUAUUUUGAAUGUCUUUUCCACAAACACACGCACAUACAUUCAACAUUAUCAACAAUCAUCGAAUAAUAAUAUCCAAAGAGAAAGAAAACUUAUCAUUUCUGUCUCUAUCUCUCUCAUUCAUGCAUAAUAUUUGAUUCUUUGAAUUUAAAUUUUUUUUUUUUUUCUGCUUUUUUCUUUUGUCAAAACUUUGAAAUUAAUCAUCACAAGUCAUCAUAAUUCUGUCCAUUAAUUUUAAUAAUAAUAACAAUCAUUCAACAGAGAGAUAGAAACAAAAAAAAAUAAUCACAAGCAUGAAUAAUUUUUUUUUGUAUACUCUCCUCUGUCUAUCUCUUGAAUGGCAUUUUUUUUCAUCAUCAUUCUUUUAAUGUUUUUCAUAUUUUUUUUUGCCAAUAAAAAUGAUGAUUAAUUUCUUGAACAAUAAAUUUGGAAGUGAAAAAGUCAAAGAAGGCGAAAUUCUUUCUCAAAUAUAGAAAAAUUAAAUGUUAAAAGUGGUCCGACCUGGCUAAUUAUCG